UGAUAAGUUUAAUUAGGGGGUUAUAAUGCCUAUGAUUAAUUUAAGGAAAUAUUUACUAGGUUAUUAUACUAUCAUCGUAUGACGUGCGUUAUGCAAAUUUCAUUUAGUUUAAUGAAUUUCGAGUGAUGUUGCGCUAAUUUUAUCCUGAAAGUAACAACAGGAAUAUAGCUUUGACAAGGCGUAUUAAUUAUCAAAUAUAAUAAUAAGUGACACAUAACAGGAUAUUAAUGCUUCAUUUAAGCAGCGUUCAGGGGUUGUCGUCAGAGACACUCUAGUCUGUGGCAGUGUUCAUCAGUAAUGUCAAGAUUUCACAGUUCACUUGUUUUUGUAUCAUUAUGACUUAUUAAUUCAAUUCAGAUCAGGUAUAUGCAAUGAAUUAUACAGUCCGUGUUCGACGAGUUGAGAAAAUGGCGUCCAGAUUUUUGUAAUCAACUUUCUUAGAUUUCUACGGAUUUGAAGAAAAAUAUUAAUACAAAAAUUGCCCUUUCACCGACGGUAACGGUACGGCGUUUUAUUUGUUUACAGACCAUGAAUACAAUAAUCCUAGCCAGUCUUCUCGUUCUUUUAGUCAGCUUGACAGAAAUCCAUGGAGAAUUCAUCAAGAUGUGUUACUACAGCGCCUGGGCCGCCUAUAGAGACGGCGACCAGGCUCUGAAGCCUGAGGAUGUGGACGCCCAUCACUGCACGCACCUUGCCCUCGCCUACGGCACGAUCGACGCCAGUGGCAAACGAGUCAAGUUCCCGGAUGUAUUCGAAGACAUGCACCUGCCAGAGCGAAUGAACUCACUUCGUGACCACAACGAGGACUUGAACAUGGUCCUCUCGGUGGGCGGGUGGAUGAUGGACAGUGAGGCCUGGUCCAACAUGCUGAGGUCCAAGGAGAACAUGGAGGAGUUCGCCAAGGAGGCCGUCAUCUUCCUCCGCUUCCAUGACUUUGACGGGAUAGAUCUGGACUGGCAGUACCCCGCCUUCAGAAAAAGCACGGCAGAGGAUAGGGAAAGAUUCGCGGACUUCAUGGAGAUAAUGAGGCACGCUAUAGAGACGGAACACGAGCCCGACAGUAAAUGGUCGUUGUCCCUCUCUCUGUCCGUGGACCCCAGCGCUUACAGGGUCAUUAAUUCCUACAACCUGAAGAGACUGGCCAGAGAGGUGGACUUCUUUAACCUGAAGACGUACGACCUUCACGGACACUGGGACGAACCAAUGGCUGCCGUACAUCACAGUCCGCUCACCCACGCAGACAGCCCGAUAAACAUCAAUACCUUGGCCAGGAGCUGGGCUGAAGCAGGUGUCCCCAAGAACAUGCUGGUGCUGGGAAUCCCAUACUAUGGCCGCUCCUUCAGACUCCAAAACCCCAACAUGACCAUGCCCGGAGCCCCCGCUCUAGGGCCGGGGUCUGAUGGGGGCGAGGGAAUCCCUGUCAACAAAAUAUGUCAUUUAAUCCGAGGUGGGGUUCAGGAGCAAUAUAUUCCUGAACAAAAAGUUCCAUACUUUGUGAUGGGAGAUGAAUGGGUCGGGUUCGACAAUCUGAGAAGUGUGCGAGAAAAGGCCAUGUUGGUGGCUUCCAAUCAUCUGGGAGGAGUGGCUCUAUGGACACUGGAUCAGGACGACCAUCGGGGUGUGUGUGGUGAGAAAUGGUCGAUUACUUUUGAAGUAAUUCACGGACUAGGACGUGCUGAAUACGUUGACUAUGUCGCCGCAAAACAAGAGUCACUCCGUACACUAAUAAACCACAAAAUAGUACACACCUCUAAAGAAAUAGGGUACUACUCGGACGUGCAAAAUUCUACAAUGGCCGCCCGCAAAGAAGCAGAGCUGGAGCAGCUACAGAAUGACUUGGCUACACUUCAAGAUCAGCAGCAAAAACAAUGGAUGCAGGUCCAGCGAUCUGCUACACUGGGCGGGAAAGCUAUUCCUCCGCUAGACCAACCGUCAUGGAAAUUAUAAUCCAUUUAUUAUAUAGAAUGAACAAAAUGUUGAGCGUUGUUUAGAACUAUUAUACUUCUAUUAGUUAUUUAUAUAUUACGUUUUUGAUAGAAACGAAUGCUCUUUUUAAAUAGGACAAUACGUUGAAUAUGCAUUGCGAAUGGAAAAUUUGAAUUGUUAUCUUAUUAUCAUAAAAAGUGAUUUUAAUGUUUUAUUGUAAAAUGCUGCUAACAAUCUUUGAAAUAGAUAUCGCCUGCUUAAGGUUAUAGUAUGGUUUCAACAUUCAGUAUCAUUGUUAUUACAACUUCAUUUUUCGUUUGUGUGAUUUCUCACCUAAUUUAAUAAACCAUUUUUUUCUCAAAAACUUAGUAUUUGCUUUCUUGUUUGAAAAAUUAAAUCAUAGAUGUGAAAGAAAAAAGUUCCCUCGUGUAAAGUACCAAUCAGUAGAAUGCAGUAUUACUUCGUUUGAUAAUGUUAAACAAAACUGUAACUUUGACGUAAUCGUUUGGAAAAAAAUAAAGGUACAUUUAUUUGUCAAGUGUAUAUCACAUAACUAUUACCAACCCCUCUUUUAUUUUCUAAUAAAUAAAAAUUGUUAAUGUAAUUCUAAAGGAGAAUGCAGUAUAUGUUAGAUAAAAAACACGCAAAACUUUGUUUGGUUUAUAAAACAGAAGGUAAAAAUUGGUUACGUAAUUUCAAAAGAUAAUGCAAUAUAUGUAAAGUAAAUUGCAUUCAAAACUCAGUUUGGUUUAUGAAAUAC